AUAUUCAUUCGCUCCGAUUUUAUAAUUUUAUAAUUUCCUAAUAAAAAAAUAAAAAACACGCCAACCCAAAAUCUCCGAAUCUCAAUCUCUCCUGCAAGGCAACUUCGCGAAAAUAAAAAAUCGGGUUGUUUCUGAGAUUCUCUUUGGUGAUGAUGAGCUUCUCCUCCUCCUCAUUGUCGCUCCCAUCAUCAUCGUCGUUGAUCUUAAUCUUCAUCUCAUAGUCUCUGAUCAAUUUCGUUUCAUCCAAAAAAAAAAUAUUCGAAAAAAUAAAAAAAAAGAAUUCGGAAAAUGUAUGUGACGGCGGUUCGAACGACGGAUCUGAAUCGGAACACAGAAUGGUUCACCUACCCUGGGGUUUGGACGACCUACAUUCUCACGGUCUUCUUCUCGUGGCUCGUCGUCCUCUGCCUCUUCUCUUGCUCGCCUGGCAUGGCCUGGACCAUCGUUCACCUCUGCCAUUUCCUCGUUACUUAUCACUUUUUUCACUGGAAGAAGGGAACGCCAUUUGCAGAUGAUCAGGGUAUCUACAAUGCGCUUACUUGGUGGGAGCAGAUAGACAAUGGCAACCAACUCACUCGAAACAGAAAAUUUCUGACUGUCGUGCCUGUUGUGCUGUACUUGAUAGCCUCUCACACAACAGACUAUCAAAAUCCAAAUCUCAUCUUUAACACCCUAGCAGUUUUUGUGUUGGUAGUUGCAAAGUUCCCAAACAUGCACAAGGUUCGUAUAUUUGGUAUCAAUGCUGAUCACUGAUCUCUAAAAGAUCAAGUUUGACUAUAGUUUUCUUGAUCUUUAUCAUAUUGGCCUUCGAACAUAACGCUAAAAUCCCUGUUGAAAUGUUGAAAAUGGAAACAAUGUAUUAUUUUUUUGAAUGAAGUGAAAUUUUUACCCCCUCCUCCUCUCUGUUACAUACCAGAUGACUGGCAAAACGUCUGCAUUUGAUUUUCUCUUUGUAAGAGCUAUUUUUGCUGGAUUUCAGUGCUCAUUCCUCGUUAUUUAUUUCCA